AUGGCCCGUCAAUUUUUCGUUGGAGGUAAUUUCAAAGCUAAUGGUACAAAACAAUCAGUAAAAUCAAUUGUUGAAAAUUUAAAUUCAGAAGAAUUACCAAAAGAUGUUGAAGUUGUUAUAUGUCCACCAGCUUUAUAUUUAGGUUUAACUGUUGAUUUAAAUAAACAACCAACUGUUGAAGUUGGAGCACAAAAUGUUUUUGAUAAAGCAUGUGGUGCUUUCACUGGUGAAAAUAUUGCUGAACAAGUUGUUGAUUUAGGUGCUAAAUGGACAUUAACUGGUCAUUCAGAAAGAAGAACUAUAAUUAAAGAAAGUGAUGAUUUUAUUGCUGAAAAAACUAAAUAUGCUUUAGAUAAAGGAUUAAAAGUUAUUUUAUGUAUUGGUGAAACUUUAGAUGAAAGAAAAUCAGGUAUUACAUUAGAAGUUUGUGCAAGACAAUUAGAUGCUGUUUCAAAAAUUAUAAAAGAUUGGUCAAAAAUCGUUGUUGCUUAUGAACCAGUUUGGGCUAUUGGUACUGGUUUAGCUGCUACUCCUGAAGAUGCUGAAGAAACUCAUAAACAAAUUAGAGAACAUUUAGCUAAAACUAUUGGUGAAGAUCAAGCUGAAAAAAUUCAAAUUUUAUAUGGUGGAUCAGUUAAUGGUAAAAAUGCACCAGAAUUUAAAGAUAAAAAGAAUAUUGAUGGUUUCUUAGUUGGUGGUGCUUCAUUAAAACCAGAAUUUGUUAGUAUUAUUAAAUCAAGAUUAUAA